AUGGGACUCGAACAGCAAUCCGAUGUGCUAGGAAAAUGGUACAAUGCAGAGGAGCGCACGUCGGACAACGGUGACCGUCUGGUCGACUUGAGCGAACAGACGGGCCUUAUCAUCGCUUCCACGUUUAAGAGGAAUCAUCGACGCCAUCAGCUCACGUGGCAGGGAUCAACCCUUUUAACGCCUGAAGAGCAGCGCAAGUGGAAGAUGAGGACUCUUAAGCUUCAGCUCGACUACUUCUGGCGAGGAACAUCCCUCAGUCAGAUAUCCGAAAAUCUAGAGCUGCUUGGAACGUCGCGUUCGACUCUGACCACCGUCCAGUUCUUCUCAGCUUCAAGAUACGGUUCCACAGGAGAAAGAGAGAACAGAACAAAAUUCCGCCAACGUGUGUCUAUUCAUGUUGUAGUACGGACCAGGAAGAAGCUUAGCGAUGGGGAUUCCUUCACAAAGUGCAUCCAGGACGCUGCAAGGGAAACGCUCCCGGUUCUAUUGCCGCGGAGGAAGUUUGCCUUUGCAUCUGCGGAAACAAAAUCCACAUAUAAUUCUGUAUGUGUGGCGCGCAGCGCUGGUGUCUUCAACCAGGAGAAGCGUUUUAGAAGGAAGCUGCGUCGUCAACUGCAACAAGACCGCGAUAACGAGUGGACGUUGAGAGCGUUGGAGUUUGAGAAGGCGUGGGAGGACAGGAACCCACGGAAAGCCUAUGCUCUCCUAAAACAGUAUAGCGGCAAAAUGAAAAGAUGUUCCCCUGUCCUCAACACUGCCAAUGCGGUAGCUGUCGGUGAAGCAACCUUUCCAAUUUGGAAGGAACACUUCAAGCCCUUGCUGAACCGGCUAGCACCGUCAGCUCCUGAACUCGAACACGUUCAUAGACCGACAUAUGCAGUUAACGAGGAGCCACCGACCGAGUCGGAGGUCCUGGUCUGUAUUCAAAAAAUGAAGGAUGGAAAAUCUGGUGGAGACGACGGGAUUAGCGCAGAAAUGCUAAAAUAUCUUCCUCUGUCUGGGAUUCGUGAGAUGACAAAGAUCAUCCGUUCAAUAUGGAUAGACGAAAAGAUACCUGAUUCGUGGAGACACGCUAUCAUAAUUCUCCUCCACAAGAAGUUAUCCUUCACGGACCCCAGGAAUUAUCGAGGAAUCCCUUUGCUGCGUGUUAUGUACAAGGUAUUGGAGCGCAUUAUCCUGGAUCGACUCAUUAAACAUCGCGAAGAAACAACGCGCGACGAGCAAGCUGGCUUUCGUCCUUGCCGAUCUACGAUUGACCAGGUGUUCAUCGUCAGGAGAGUGAUCGAAAUCUGGCAGCGGUCUUCGAAGCCAAUGCAACUAGCGUUUCUGGACUUUGAAAAAUGA